AUGGAACUGGCGGAGCUUCUGAAAUCAGAAGGCCUCUCUUCCGAGCUGGCCGAUCUCGCUGUUGCAAGCGGUUGGAAGUCAUCUACUUUCAAGCAUGCUGUCAGUAAACUGGAAGAAUUAGACUCUGUAUUGGGCGAAAUUUUCCCGGAAAAGGUGCUGACAGCUCUUCAGAAAGCGACAAUUCGUUCUGUCUGGAGUACUUUGCAGGAAUCUGGGGCCUCCGGCUCAGCAGAAUCUCCAACCCCUGCCGCAACAGAACCUCGUGAAGGCUCAUGGGUGGAAUCUUUUGCUCCAAAGAUAUCAUCCUCUUCGAUUUCCGAGAUGAAACGUAAGUAUCUGGUGAACUACCCUUCCGAGAUCCUCAACUAUUCCACCCAGCCGUCAACAAGGUUGCUAAGCCUCGCAUCCCACCAGCAGAACAAGAAGGAUUGGCGCUGGAUCCCCUGGAAGUUCAGGAUGACGGAAGAGCGAGCAUCAGAGAUUCUGAUGUCUCGCCCUAACAAGCAACCACGGCUUGAGGCCAUCGGGCUUUCUGGUAUGUUGCUUGACGAACCUCCUGCACUUGAAAUCCAGGACCACUCUAUGGGGGUGAAUGCUAUUCAGAAGCUUAUGAAUGUUCAUGACGUAUCCUUGGCAAUGGUUGGCACGGCCCAUCUCGCCAGGUUGAAGGGCUAUACGACAAAGUUCAUUUCACUGCUGACUCAAAAAUUCGACGCAUCAUCGGGCUUACGGCCACCAUCAGUACUUGAAGCACAACAGGCUGAUUGCCGCUUGUGGCAGGGCAUGAUCACCUUGGUCACCGACAAAGGCUGGACUAUGGAUGAUGCACUCUAUGAAUUUACAGAGGUCAGGGGCGAGAUGCCCAGUCUUCUUCAAGCUCGAGCGCGUCCUCCUCCCAUUCCCAAAGGCUGGGACGGGAAAGGCAAAACCAACAAGGGUCUAGGGAAGAUGCUCGUGGAAUCCUAUGCCAAGGGUACUGCCAUCCCGCUCCAUUCGACGCUGCUGUCAGUGCGGCACCAAAAAUUACAGACCCUUUCAGAUCUUGCAAAGGUUCGCAUCACAGAAAGACGCAUCUGGAUGCGGGUGUCCAGUCAAUCCAGCAACAAGCGUCGUUUGAGUACAGAAUCUGUGCGCAUCUUGGGACUCUACGAGUCCUGGCUACUUCACAUGAGCCCUAUGAUCAGCAUGCGUCCGGCAUCAGUGUUUCCAAUGGAAGCACAAGCAGAUGCCAGUGCCCAAGGUCAGCGGGCUUGCAUUGGUGGAUUCGUGUCGCAUCCUUCGUUAGGGCAAAGGUGGUUCAGGGAAGAAUUCACGUAUGAGGAAUUCCGCGAGCUUCAGAUUCCCGUUCAGCAAGAUAUGCAGCUUGACAUUGCGUGCUAUGAAGCGCUCGCUCAAGGGGUGGAGCUUGUCGCAAAGAAAGGCCAUCGGGCCAAGCCUUCGCUGUCCCGGCAGUUGCGUCCGAAUGUGAAGGGACAGGCUGCAGGUAUGAGCGAUCAAGCUUACCGGGAUGCACAUGUUCCUGGCUAG